UUUGGGACGUGGAGGACUACGCAGCCGGACCGGCACUGGCAAUUGGAUACCGUGGGAGGUCUCAGGUCCCAACGGGGCUUCUCGUUGCUUUAACUCGUUCCCAACUUCUAGAAGUUUCUUUUGUUGGGUAUAAAGGACUCGCUGAAAGGUCUGCCAGUCUGCAAGAGGUCCCGAAGGGAAGCCGGAGGAAGCGACGCAGAAGCCGGGGAAGGUAGCACUUCUUGAGACCAUGCUGAUGCUGACCGUGGUGACUCUAUGCCUCCUGGUCAUGGCUGCCUCCAGCGAGGACAAGGCUCUCAGCAGCCACGCUGCCACCAUGGCUGACAACAGCGCCAGCCUGGCCUUCAACCUCUACCACACCAUGGCCAAGGAGAAGGACCUGGAGAACAUCCUUAUCUCACCUGUGGUGGUGGCCUCCACCUUGGGUCUGGUAGCUCUGGCUGGCAAGGAGUCCACCCCCUCCCAGGUCAAAGCGGUGCUGGGGGCCGACAAGGUGCUAGAUGAGCAUCUGCAUGCAGGUCUGGCCGAGCUCCUCACCGACGUCAGCAAUUCCACAGCCCGCAACGUCACCUGGAAGCUGGGCAGCCGCCUCUACGGUCCCUCCUCCAUCAGCUUCGCCGACGGCUUCGUCCAGAGCAGCAAGAAGUUCUACAACGUCGAGCACUCCAAGAUUAACUUCCGCGACAAGAAGACCGCCAUGAAGUCCAUCAACACGUGGAUGUCCAAAUCCACCGGCGGGAAGCUGCCCGAGGUCAUCAAGGACAUGGAGAGGACGGACGGAGCCAUGAUCAUCAACGCCAUGUUUUUCAAACCCCACUGGCACGAGCAGUUCCACCACAAGAUGGUUGACGACCGGACCUUCCUGGUGCAUCACUCUUUAACUAUUUCCCUUCCCAUGAUGCACCGCACAGGUCUCUAUCCUUUCUUUGAGGAUAAGGACAACAAGCUCUGUGUGCUGAGCAUGCCCCUGGCCCACAAUAUGUCCACCCUAAUCAUCAUCAUGCCGUACCACAUGGAGCCCUUGGAGAGGCUGGAGAAGCUGCUGACUCGCAAGCAACUGGACGACUGGCUGAGCAAACAGGAGGAGAAGGCAAUGGCCGUGUCUCUGCCCAAAGUCAGCCUGGAAGUCGGCCACGACCUACAGAAAUACCUCGGAGAGCUCGGCCUGACAGAAGCUGUGGACAAAGCUAAGGCUGACCUGUCCAAUAUCUCGGGCAAGAAGGACCUGUAUCUGUCCAACGUUCUACAUGUCUCCGCCUUGGAGUGGGACACGCCGGGGAACACGUUCAACACCAGCAUCUACAGCUCGGAGAGGAUGAAGAACCCCAAGCUGUUCUACGCCGAUCACCCAUUCAUCUUCCUCGUGAAGGACAACCGGAGCAAGUCCAUCCUCUUCAUUGGGAGGAUGGUACACCCCAAUGGCAAGAAGAUGAAAGAUGAGCUUUAAUUGUGUGUGUGUUUAGACGGAGAGGGAUGGAAAAACAGCUGACAAUAUUUCUGUUACCUCAUGAACAUUCUGGCACCUGUGUCCAUCCAUCUUGUAGGAACACUGUUGUUUCUAGAGGUCUGUUCAAACUAUACCAAAAGGAUUUCUAAGUAUUACUGACCCAGAAGUCCAUCAGGUCUUCCUCUGACCACUGAAUCUGAUGCUGUUUAGAGGCAGAUUGUCCAACGGACUGCUCGUCUAUAUUAAGUACAACCUCAGAUCUCGAUCAGCAUCCUCUCAGGGUCCUUGUAGAUAUGACUGAAGUCUUUAGCAGCAGUUGUUCACCUGGUGUGCCUGUUACUGUCUGUGGUUUAUUUUGUGUGGGGUGGUAUCAAGCGGAAGACAUUCCUGUUUGGGUUAUGGUGGCUGCACAUGCACCCUUUCCAGUAGCUAGUGAUUAGUGAUGUAGGACAGGGGAAGACUGGUUUAAAAUGGGAAAAAAUAACUGCCUUUUUUCUACACAUUCAAGAACCAAGUCUGUGACGAUUUGUUUUUUCACCUUUUUCACAAUAAAGUGAUGAAUAAUC